ACAGAGAGGAUCAAAGGACUUCUAACAACUAGAAAACCAAAGCUGAGGGAGUUUUGAUUUUUUUCCUCAUUCUUUAAAGACUUAUCACUGAACUAUAACAGUUGCUGGUUCAUAGUUCAGUGAAAAAAAGUGUGAAAUUAUGUGAGCUUGCUUUUCUAUUUCAUAUUUAACUUCAAACAUCAAACAGUAGCUCAAUUCACUUUUUGAUUACCAACAUGAUCAUGCAUUCAACUAGCCUGUUUACAAAUCCAUAUGCAAUUGAAGUCCUAAGGACUAAAAAAGAAGAGCUAGUAGAAGGCAUAAAUGACCCAGACCAUGUUCUGAACUGGCUGAUAGACAUUGGUAUUUUUACCCUAGAAAAAAAGAUGAUCAUGAGUUUCUACAGGACAUGAACAGAAAAGUACUCUUGAGUUUUAGACAUACUAAUUUCUCAAGGUGAACGAGCCUGCAGGCUCUUUUUUUAUCCAUGUUUAAAGCAAGUGGAGCCAAAACUUUAUAGCAAGAUGAGAAAAUACGUCAGUGAAGUAAAUGAAAGCAUUGGAGAUGCUAGAAGACAACUGGUAGGAUAUCUACUCAAAAAAGACAAGGUUUGGUUUGAAAAUACCAGUGAACAGCACCAGGAAAAAAAAAAACCCAGUCCUAGAAAAGAAACUCAACUUCCAGGAGCAGCAAAACCUAGAAAAGUUCAUUCUGAUUUUGGCAUCUUUGAUGCAGUCACUAAAGGUUAUAUUUUGCAGUUAGAGAAAAUAUUGAAAGAUAAUUAUAUUAAUGCACUAAACUCUAAUGUUAAGCAUGUUGCAGCUGCUAACAGACAUCUAAAAAUAAUGGAAUAUUUGAUCAGCAAAGGUGCAAAGAUAGAUGUGAAGGACAAGAAAGGAAGAACACCCCUGCACAGGGCUGCUGAGAAGGGCCAUGGUGAUGCCGUGAAAGCACUUCUCCGAUGUGGUGCUUACAUGUACAGUUUGGAUAUGGAAGGCAAGACACCGCUUCAUUUGGCUGCACAGAAUAACCACAGUCCCAUAUUGAAGAUGCUCCUGAAAGAAGAGGCAAGAAGCUACAGGAACCAGCACAACUUUUUGCACAUGGUAGCUCUUAAAGAUGAGGGCAAACUAGCAAAAUUGCUUUUAAAGGCUGGCAUCUCCACUGAUGGAAAGGACGAAAAAGGACAGACUGCUCUCACUUACGCUGUUUCUCAGGGUUGUGAAAAUACUGCAAAAGUACUGUUAGAAGCCGGAGUCAGCGUUGAUUCCAACAUGGCCAAAAGAGCCCUCAACAGCAACCAUCCAUCUACCUUCAAACUACUACUAGAGUAUUUUAAAGAUUUGUCAUCUGACAUAAUGGAGUCAGCUCUUUUUAGAGCUGUACAGAAAAAUCUGCAUGGUAUCGUAGCAGCUUUAAUUGACAGAGGUACAGAUAUAAAUGCCUAAACUGAAAUGCAGUACACACUCCUGGCAUGUGAAACAGGCAAAGCUGAAUCAGCAGAAGUUCUACUCAAAAAGGGAGCGAACUUUGGAGUAAAGACUCCUGCUUCAGACACAGCUUUACGCUUGGCAGUUCAGGCUGGGGCUGGUUCCAUCGCAAAUCUGCUUCUGCACAAAGGGAUGGAAGUUAACCUUAUGAACCAAGCUGAUGAAACCCUGCUCCAUGUUGCUGCACUUCAUAAUAAAGGAGCAUUAGCUGGCCUUUUAGUUAAUGCUGGGGCCAAAAUUAAUGCUGUCACUAAAGAAUUUGUUACUCCCCUGCAUAUUGCAAGUCAAAGAGGCAACACUGAUGUAGCCCAACAGCUGUUGCACCACAAAGCCAACAUCAUUAAUGUUAAGGAUAAGCAGUCGAAAUCACCUUUACAUUUUGCUGUUGAAAGGGGAGAUAAAACAAUGGUAGAGAUGCUUCUGAACGCUAAAGCUGACCCCAAUGCACAAGACAAGGAGAAGAAGACUCCUCUGCACACUGCAGCUGUGAGAGGACAUCUCAGUAUUGUGAAAGUUCUAUUAGCUAAAAAAGGAAGAUUUGGAGCUAAGGACAUGGAUGGAUGUACUCCAAUGCACAAUGCAACCAUCAAAGGACACACAGAUAUUGUAAAAAUUCUUUUGACAUCAGGGAAAAAUAAAAACAUUGAUAGAAACAUUUGGAGAAAGACUGCACUGCAUAUUGCAGCAGAAUAUGGACACAGAGACCUGAUAAAUCUGCUGAGCUACGGGGUGGCCAUUAAUGCCUUAGACAGCAGCAAGGAUACUCCACUGCAUUGUGCAUGCAAAGCUGGUCAUUUUAAUGCGGCAAAUUCCCUUGUAAAGUGGUCACAAGGAGAAAAAGCAAAUUUACUAGCUGCUAAUGGUCUCAAAAAGACCCCAUUGCAAGUAGCAGAAUUUAAUAAAACAGAAAAUCAGGCUCAAAUUGUAACACUUCUGAAAAUGUUAAUAACAAAAUGA